GGGAGGGUCCCGCCAAGACGCGGCGUGGCCGUAGUCACUUAAUUUAAAUUUUUAGGUUAUGUAAUUUUGAAAAAUGUCUUUAUUUUUAAGAUUCAGAUUACGUAACAUUCAAAAGAACACACUGGGCAAGACUUUUUAUUCCUCAAAAGCAGAAGAAAAAAUAGAAAUUCCUAACAGAAUACCCAGAGGCCCAACAGAUAUUCUAAGAGCCCUUGAAAGUACAGUUUCAAGAGACCCAACAGCAGCUCAUUACAAAUAUCAUGAUGAUCCUUUUCUUAUCCCAAUGUCAAAUGUUGGUAAACGUACAUUUGCUAUGGCACAAGAGUCAGGUAGAAAAGCUGCACAUUGGAUAAGAAAAGAGCAUGCUGACCUAUUUAAUCAUCGAGAAUGUGAGCCACCUAUUGAAACAUUUUUCCCUAAGAUUACAUUUAAUAAGAAUAGUAAAGUUACUGAAGAAGAUUUAAAAAAUGUUAUUGAUGAUGUUCAGAUAUCUGAAGCUGUGAAUGUAUAUAAAAUAUGCAAAGAAAAUAAUAUUGAAGUAUCUCAGGUAUCACAGCAAAAGUUAUUAGAAUUGUUGUGUUAUUAUAACAGUGAGGAUACUUUGGAUAAAGAGUUUAUAGAGGAAAGAUGGUUUAGACAAAGUUCUAGACUUAAAGAAAAGCAAAGAAAAAUUUGGCGUGAUGGAAACUUUGCUGAAGAACUUUUUAUUAGCAUUGAAAACCCUACAGCUGAAGUAUAUUCAGCAAUAAUCCAAGGUAUGGCAAAACAUUUACAAGUAGAAAGGGCUUGGCAAUUGUUUGAGGAAGCACAACAAAAAGGAAUCAUUGUAAACACAGACACAUACAACUCAUUGAUAGCAGUUUCUAAUUAUCUAAAAGAAGGUUAUGAUCAACGUUGGAGUUUUGCAUUUGAUUUGCUAAGCGAUUUGAAUAGGGCAAACCUGAAACCUAAUUUAGGAACAUUAAAUUCUGUUUUAAAAACUUUAAGCACCAUGGGAACUGGAAGAGUAACCAAAACUUAUACAUUACAAGUUUUGAGGGAGUUUAAAGAUAUUGGUAUUGAGCCAUGUUUAGCUUCUUGGUAUUAUGUACUUAUUACUUUCUGCAAAGAUCGUGGGCCAACAAGUACAAUCCUAACUGAUAUUUUAAAUUUUGUUGAAAAUAAGGAACACAAAAUUCAAGAUAUAACAGACACUAAUUUCUUUGUCACUGCAAUGGAUAUCUGUAGAAAUCAUUUACAUGAUGUUGAUUUAGCUAGAAGAGUAGAUAAGAUGUUGAAUUUUGGAAGUAAUUAUGACUUAAUGGGAGAUUCAUAUAAAGAAUCAAUUUAUUAUCGUAACUAUUUUGUCCUAUUGUCUGAAUCUUUACCACUGGAAGAAUUUAUGAGAGAUAUUUAUGAAAAAUAUGUACCACAUAUUUAUGUCCCAGAACCAGGUGUCAUGGGUGAAAUACUAAAAAUUGUGGACAUAAAUGGAGCCAUUGAGUUCAUACCAAAGUUAUGGUCUGACAUGACUGUGUUUGAUCAUACCAACAGAGAAAAUCUUUUAGAAACCGUUUUGGAUAUUAUGGUAAAUAAUGAAAUUGAGUCAGAGUUGAAGGAGAAUUUUAGCAACAUAGCUUGGGAUAUUUUUAAUAGGAUUGAAAACCAAAAUGAGAAUAGGACAAAUAAAAUUAUGUUUACUGGGGAUUUGUUGGGAAAAAUCCUAACUUUGGUAACUAGAAACAAAGAUUUUAUAAAAUCAUGCACGGUUAUGGAUAAACUAGAUAAGGGACAUUCCACAAUAGUGGGUGUACCUAAAAUUGAGGCUCUUUCACUUUUUGUUGACCAAUGCAUUGAAGAAAAACAACCCAGCAGAGCUAUUUCUUGUAUUCAGUAUUGUUCAGAUAGCGGAUUCCCAGAAGCAACAAUUUUAGCAGCAAGAUUAAAUGAAAAAUUAACUUUAGAUGAAAACCAUUUAAAUAAUUUAUCAAAAAUUGUAGGAGAUCUUUCUACGAUGAAAGCGCAAUAAGUACAAUGAUUUAGUUUAUAUUUAUUUGUUUUAAUAAAAACACAAAAGACCA